AUGUCUCAAUCAAGCAGUAAUAAAAAUCAACUUGUAGUUGCCUACUGGGCUAUUCGUGGCUUGGCAGAACCAAUUCGUUUGGCUUUACAUUAUACCAAAACACCGUUUACAGAUAAAUUAUAUGAACAAGGUGAAGGUCCAGAAUACAGUCGAGAAGAAUGGCUUCGUGAAAAACAAAAACUUGGUCUUGAUUUUCCUAAUUUACCAUACAUGAUUGAUGGCGAUUUAAAAAUCUCUCAAUCAAAAGCUAUUAUAUAUUACCUUGGCCGUAAAUUAAAUCUUUUGGGAAAGAAUCUAAAUGAAGAAGCACGAGUGAUGAUGUUAUGUGAAGAAGCUCAUGACUUACGUAUGCGAUUAAACGGAAUUUUUUAUGAUCCGAAAGGAGAGUCAAAAGAAGAAAGAAAAAAAUUUGUUGAAACAAUUGUAUUGGAAUAUUUACAAAAAUUCGAUAAUUAUUUUGGUAAACAUAAUACAAAAUUUGCUGUUGGCGAUGAACCAACUGUAGCUGAUUUUCAAUUAUAUUCAUAUAUUGAUUCUGCUUUAUCAUUGGAUGAAGAACAUACUUUAAUUGAUAAAUAUUCUAAUAUCAAACGAUGGUUGAAAACAAUAAGUGAAUUACCCGAAAUAAAAGAUUAUAUUGUCCAAUCCCAUGGCCAAUUGCCUCUCAAUAACAAAGUGGCUAAAUUUGGUGACAAAAUUCUUCAAAAAAAAUGA